AUGGAUGGGAUUGGAAGAAGAGAGAGCUUGUUCGGAGACCACUGCCAUCUCAGCCAGGAUUUGCCGUCGAUGAAGAAGAACGAGGCAGAGAGACAUGACCGCGACGGAGAUUUCCAACUGAGCGGACGGCGCCGCCGCCCAAGGAGGCCGCGACGGAGCGUUUUGCUCCUGAUGGCGCCGGUGAUGGGAGAGAUGCGGAUUGGCACGGAGAUGGCAGAGAAUUGGCGCCGGAGAAAAUUGUUGUUCGGAUGUACAGAUUCGGACGCCGCUGUUGCUGGAGAGACAGGGAGAUAA